AUGACAAAACUUCUUCAUAUUUGGUUGCACGUUUUCUGUCGCACUUUCAUGUUUUUAUAUGAAUUUGAAUGGAUUCUUUUUACGGGUGCCGCAAACAGUGCUCCAUUUCUAUUAGUAGUCUCACUUUUUCGUCAACAUUGUGUCGGUGUCUCGUCGUUGUCGUGGUUUUGGAUCGUAGUGGAGAGGCACACGGCCACUCAUUAUUUAAUCGACUACGAGAGCAACACGCGGCCACAAAUUGCGGUCAUUUUAAUUUUCACGCACGUGGUGACAAGCUUUAGCAUGGCCGCAGCUUUAUUGAUGGGCGCUGCUUAUGACAUUGUGAUUACACUUUGUAUUGGAGCUCCACUCUAUGCGGCUACGCAAAUUUAUUUGACAAUGAUGCUCUACUAUCUUCGGAAGUACAAUAAACGAGUGAUCACUGAGAUUUCGAGAGAUCCAUUUAAAGGGAAAAGAUAUUCAUUAGCAACAAAAUAUCAGCUGAAUGAGAAUCUGCGUGGGCUAGAGAUUCUUCGCCGAUUGCUGUUAAGCGCCACAUUAUUCAACUCGUUUAUUGGUCUUUUUAUCACAAUUGCUUACGGGUUUUUCAACGAAUCUUCACCGAUAGCCCAAAUUCUUUUCUCAUUUCUUGAUAUGUUGAUUGGAUUGUGGGUU